AUGCCGCGGCCCAAGAGCUAUCAGACGGCCCAGACCGCGACGGGCGCGGCGCCGCGUCGAAAAAGGCCGCCCUCGCGCCGCGCGAGACCGUUUGGAAGAUAGCAUAAAAAAGCGGCCCAAAUUCAAAGCGCCGACACCCGCGGCCCCCGCGCGCAGGCGAGGCGGCCGCCGACCCCUUCAGCUCGGACGACGACUCGCAGAAGGACGACGAGGAAGCCGUCCUCGAGCGCCUCGCGCGGCCGCCCCUCCGCGUCCUCGUGUCAUUGUUACGGACUCGUCAGCUCAAGGUGCCGCGCAAGGGCGGGCCGGGCAUCACGCAGGCCGACGUCCUCGUGGUCAACAAGUUCGACCUCGCGCCGGCCGUCGGCGCGGACCUGGACGUGAUGCGCCGCGACGCGCUCAAGAUGCGCGGCGCCGGGCCGACCGUCUUCCGCCGUGAAGCACGGCGACGGCCUCGACGCGAUCAUCGGCGAGAUCUUCGCCGCGCAGCGGCGCGCGCUGGCGGCGGCGGCGGAGUAGGCACACGCGAUUACUUUUGUACAUAGCGUCUUACUCGGGGCCUGAGGACCCCUCGGAUGGAAAAAAAGGGGGGGGAGGUGAUA